ACUGAUUUUCGCGCCGACAUACAGUCGCGCCAAGAUGAAAUGGCCUCACAGCUAUCCUCAAUUAAAUCCGAGUUGUUAGACGAAAUAACGGGUUUACGGAAAGCCAUGGAUCGCAUCGGAAACUUGGAAAAGUCAUUGAAGUUGGAAACAAUGUCAAGAGAGGAUCUGAAAAAAGUCGUACAGUCACUGUUACAGGAAUUCACGACUUACAAAGAAGAAUACAGAAAAACAGCUGAAAAAAUCGACAAGUUAGAAAAACGAGGUUCCAACGACGACGAAAUAUUGAACAAGUUUAUAGGUCAACUGAAAGAUAUUGGUUCACACGGUGAUACGGAAUUAUGGCAAGAGAUUGUCAAGUUGAAGCAAGGGAUGACGUCACUGCGAAAAUGGUCACAGGCAAACUGGGAGGAAAUGCAAGCGCGAUUAAAUACCAUUGAACAAAAACAAAAAGUGCGAUUUCAGAGCCAUCCAAUUCAAGAAACAGAUAUUCAAGAUAGUCGCGAAGGAAGUUCAAGUUAGGAAAAAUUGUAGAGAGACUAUGAUGUUCAGCUAAACUGACAGAGUAGCGCCACCAACGUUGGAAUCGCUGAUUGAAAUUAUUGGGAGACACAAUAGACAAGUGGCUGCUUAGAUUGAAAAACUGAGAUAAUCAACUGACAACAAAUGAAUGGAAUUUUUCAAAAAUCGCAUAACAAAUGGCAUUUUGAAUAUUUUUUAACACGACGUGUAAAUUUCACCCACUGCAUAGUAUUGUACUAUGAUU